CGGCCAAUCAGAGAAAGCUGGUCCGGCCACACAUUGCCUCUAUAAACCACAAGCUCCACAUUCCCGGCAAGAGCUUGAAAGGGACUGCACCGGCUCGGCCCGGAUUAAGCCGCAAGGCCCGGGGAGCGCAGUACCAGAGAGUGGAAUAUAUUAGAGGAAAGGAGAAAAGGUAGUUGAGGGAAGGGAGGAGAGAAGGAGGCAGAGAGGAAAGGGAAGAAAAGAGAGAAGAGAAAAAAAGUAUAAAAAAGAGUAGGGAGAGAAGCAGGGGAGCGCAGCGCGCCCCAGCUUCCCGCCCUAGAACCCUGGGAAUCCGAGCGGGAGCGGGAGCCGUAGCGCAGAGAGCUGUGGAAGCAUAGACUGUGGCAGCGGCGGCUGCGUUGAGAGCGCACGGCGAGAAACAUGGAGUCCGGCGGAAAGCAAAUUACGGCCUCCCUCAUGCUGGCUGUGGGUGGUGCAGUCCUGGGUUCUCUGCAAUUCGGCUACAACACAGGAGUCAUCAAUGCCCCACAGAAGGUGAUAGAGGAAUUUUACAAUAAUACCUGGACGAAUCGAUAUAAUGAACCCAUAUCAUCCACCACCCUGACCACUUUGUGGUCCCUCUCUGUGGCCAUCUUCUCCGUUGGCGGUAUGAUCGGCUCCUUCUCCGUGGGUCUGUUUGUCAAUCGUUUCGGCAGGCGGAACUCCAUGCUAAUGAUGAACAGUCUGGCCUUUCUUGCUGCUGUGCUCAUGGGCUUCUCCAAAAUGGCCAUGUCCUUUGAGAUGCUGAUCUUGGGGCGCUUUAUCAUUGGCUUGUACUGCGGUCUCACCACUGGCUUUGUGCCUAUGUAUGUGGGGGAGGUGUCACCCACAGCCCUGCGUGGAGCCUUGGGCACCCUUCACCAACUAGGCAUUGUCAUUGGCAUCCUCAUCGCCCAGAUAUUUGGCCUGGACUCCAUCAUGGGAAAUGAAGAACUGUGGCCCCUUCUCUUGGGUUUCAUCUUCAUCCCAUCCGUGAUCCAGUGUGCCCUGCUGCCCUUCUGUCCUGAGAGCCCUCGCUUCCUGCUCAUCAACCGCAAUGAAGAAAAUAAAGCAAAAAGCGUCCUAAAGAAACUUCGGGGAACCACCGAUGUGAGUAGCGACCUUCAGGAGAUGAAGGAGGAAAGCCGGCAGAUGAUGCGUGAGAAGAAGGUGACCAUCCUGGAGCUGUUCCGCUCACCCAUGUACCGGCAGCCGGUCCUCAUCGCCGUGGUGCUCCAACUGUCCCAGCAGCUGUCGGGGAUCAAUGCUGUCUUCUAUUACUCUACCAGCAUCUUUGAGAAGUCUGGAGUGCAACAGCCAGUCUACGCAACCAUUGGUUCCGGGGUGGUCAAUACUGCAUUCACUGUUGUGUCGCUGUUUGUAGUGGAACGGGCUGGACGUCGGACUUUGCACCUCAUUGGCCUAGGGGGCAUGGCAGGCUGUGCUGUGCUCAUGACAAUCGCCUUGGCUCUCCUGGACCAGCUCGCCUGGAUGUCCUACAUAAGCAUUGUGGCUAUCUUUGGCUUUGUGGCUUUCUUUGAGAUCGGCCCUGGCCCCAUCCCAUGGUUCAUUGUCGCUGAGCUCUUCAGCCAGGGCCCUCGCCCAGCUGCCUUUGCCGUGGCUGGCCUGUCUAAUUGGUCCUCCAACUUUAUUGUGGGAAUGUGCUUCCAGUAUGUAGAGCAACUGUGCGGCCCCUAUGUCUUCAUCAUCUUCACUGUGCUCCUCGUCCUCUUCUUCAUCUUCACCUACUUCAAAGUCCCUGAGACAAGAGGCCGGACCUUUGAUGAAAUUGCCUCUGGCUUCCGGCAAGGAGGAGCUAGUCAGAGUGACAAGACACCCGAUGAGUUCCACAGUCUGGGCGCGGAUUCCCAAGUGUGAGGAGAGGAGGGCGGCUGCUCUCUUGGUCACAGACGUGCCUGCUGGACCUCCUGAGCCCCAGGGCUCUUCUUACUCCUCCCCAUCCCUCUCUGGCCCUCCCCAGCCUUGACAUCCUGGACAAGAACAGAUUACUGGGGCUUCUCUUCCUCGCCCCCCCCUUUCCUGGAUCUCCAAGCAGAAAGAUCCAGAGAGGCACUGGCCAAGGACAAGCUGGGGCUCUCUCCUUCAGAUUGUACACAGGAAGAAAAGUCAGAGCUGAAUCUUUAGCAAACUUUUUUUAAAAAACUUUUUUUAAUUUUUUAAAAUAUUAAAUAGCCCAAAUUCCCUAUCCCACCUGAGCCACUAUGGAACAUGAGAAACAGUUACGUGGCAGGGGGGUAGAAGAGACAUUCCCAGAUCUAUUCCUUUCUUAUCCACUACACUAAUCUCUAGGGCUGGAUCUACAACCAAGGACAGACACACUAACCCGGCAUGAAUUCCCCACUUCCUGCUGCAGCCUUCCCACCAGGCCCUCUUUUCCCCUGGCUGGGUUAUAUUACCUUCCCCUUCCUCCCUACCUCCACCCCAGAAGAAUCUCUGUCUAGGAAGUGGCUGGACACUGGGGAGCAGGGAAUGAUUGGGGAGGAGGGCCACAGGUUCUGAGGCCACAAUCUCGCUACCAGCAGUCCCAAGCCCAGGAGCUGGUUGCCAAACAGGACCUUGGAGGGAGCGGUGACAGACAAAACUAGCUGCCUGAGGGUGCUGACAAUUCCUAACAUGGAUGUGUCUGGCCCUCUGUGUAUAGGUCAGAAGAUAUUUAUAUAUAUUAUAUAUAUAUAUAUUUUGUUGUUAAUAGUAGUAAGUUAUAGCAUAUCUGAUGGACAGGACAACAUGUAAAUACCCUGCACAUCCAACUUCCAGUAUCUCGAGCUGAAAGGUGCACUUAUAAAAUCUGAUUUCUACAUUGGCUGUCUGUCCGUCCAUCCGUCCGGCAACAUGCGUGAAACUUUCCACAGGCAAAGCUAUUCUUUAGCCUAUCAUUUGGGUCUCUUGCUUCAGGGGACUCUGGCUUUAGAAAGUCAGGUCUCAAAGAUAAUGGCAGCAAUCUGUACCAGGCCUGGCAUCUGAAGUCCAGAGCGCCUGGGUUCAAAUUCCCUACAUUUCAGCUUGCUACUUGUGUGAUGCUGGGCAAAUCCCUUCAUUUCUCUGGGUCUCAAAUGUUCUCACUUGUAUGAUGUUGAAUUAGACUGCCUGGGGUCCCUUCCUGCUAGACUCUAUGGUCCUUCCAACUCAAUCUGUCAUUCUAGAUAUGUCUUUACAUAUCUAGGGGGGACAGCAGGAUGAAUUACAGAAUGUGUAGAAAGCUGGAAGGGAUCUUCUGAGCCAUCUGAUCCAAGGUAAAAUCUGGGCAAAAAUCCACCAGGCCCCAUAGUGCCCUAUUCUCUGUUCAACCGGCUAUGUUUGGAAGCCAUUUAAGUAUAGAUUUUAAUUUUGAUAAUUAUGGAUAAGGCCCAGUCUCAGAGCUGAUCUCCAAGUAUAGUAGAAAGAGUACUGGUUAGAAAGGGAUUUGUGCAUGUGAUCCUUUGAAUCUCCUUUAGAAGUCAUUUAGCUCAAAUCUGUCAUUCAUGGAAGAGACUGAGAAGCCCAGCAAGAGGAAAGGAUGUGCCCAAGAUCACAAAAGUUUAAAAGGCAAUUUUAAUCUAGGGCUUCGGACUGGAAAUCCAGCCCCUUCUCCACCAGACUCUGUAACCUGCCUUUUAACUUUACUGUGCUUGGUCCCAUCCGUUCCACUGGGUUCUGGCUGAGGGCGCCUUUUUCAAGGCAACUUAAACAAUCUCAAGUCUCUCGGGACACAGGAUAAAUGUGUAGAGGGGGGAGGGCUGUAGGCGGAGGACCAGGGACCUCAGGGAAAUGAAACCGUGCUGGGUGUGAAUAGAGAAUGGUAACACUGUUGCUUCGGCAUGAGUAUCACCCUGAUGGCUGGAAACAAGGUUGCAGUGAGCAUAGGCGAUCUCUAAUUCCUGUUUGUUUUACUUGAAACAAAUCUGAUGAGUCCAGAAAGACAUUUUACACAUGAGGAAUCGGAGGCAAGUGACUUGAACCCAGUUCAAAUGGAAGAGGAACAAGGGUGCGGGCACAUGCACACACACAAACACACAGUUGGCAGGUUAUCUCGCCCAAACCCUUCACUUUAUAAAUGAGGAAACUGAGGCGCAAGGAGAUUAUUUGCCCAAAAUCAAUUGGAUUAUAAAAUUAUCCCAGUCGCCAGCACUUCCGGACCAGCAUCUUCAUAGGGAGUGUGGAUUAGGGGAGGGAAAGGGUGCUUUUGCACCAACGUGAUCCGGAUUCCCCAGGGAUUCUUCCAGAAAUCAUCAUUGCCUUCCUUCCUUAGCGAACUUUGCAUCCUUCAUAAAACUUGGAGAGAUCCGUGAGCAAAGAGCGGCACCAGGGAGCAGCUUGUGCAGAGCGUUGGGCUUGGGAAUCUGAAGGACCAGAGUUCAAAUCUCGCCUCGAUCCUAGAAUUAUUACAUCACAGACCAAGCUGCUUAACUGUGUGCCUCAGUUUGUUUGAAUAAUGGGAGUAAUCACAGCACAACUCGGGGUUAGGAUGCGGCUCCAGCAAGUGAAAUGCUCUGCGAACCUAGAAAUGUUGGCUAUUAUCACUAGGAAAGAGGCUGGAUUCUAACUCCACGAUGUUCCCGUCAUCCAGCCCUACCCGCGGGCCAUCGGUUUUCUAGCGGGAGGUCUAAGGAUCUUCAGGUCAGGUCCACAUCCCACGUGGAGCCGGAAAUGGCUGCCCUCUGUCUCCCCUACCCGUACACAAUUAGGCAUGUGGCACUGCGCAAGCGCAGUGGCCUCGUUUCCCAAGAGGCAGGUCACUUCCUCUUUCGGGUUCCGUUCCCCACCUCCAUGAAACGUUAAGAGAAGAACUCAACCUGCCAACUUCUCGGAACAAAAACUUGCUAUGUAACUCGGCAUAUUACUGUGCACGCAUGCGUGGGCAGAGGCAGGACACUGGAUCUCUCCAACUCCAUUGCCCACCAGCAUCAGCACGUGCAGACCUAGCCAGGUCUCGGGAAACAAACGCACCUCUCCACCAAUCCCGACUCAAAGCUUCGUGACCACGUGACGAGUAUGGGCGGUUCCCGCAGCUAUUAGCGCCCUCGGCCUUCUGGGAGUUGUAGUUCAUCUGGAUGGAGCCCCAAAGCUGCUAAAAUUUGUAUUUUGCGCGAGCGUGGGUGCUCUUAAGUGUAACUUCAACAGAUCUAAGCGGAUUGUGUGAAUUUGACCUCUGUCAUCUGGAAGCGAAGACUCCUUCACGAUGAUAUUAGUCAUUUCUACGAUGCUUAAAGUGUUAGGAAAUAAUUUCCUCCUAAUAACUCUGAAUUGCGGCAAUGCAAAGUUUUAAUAUACCCCUUUUUCAGACGAGGAAAGUGAGACUCGGGGAUUAAGUGACUUGCCUCUGGUAACGCAGCGUGAUGAUGUUAAGAAGGGUCGGGUUUGGAGUUAAGGUUGGCGGAUAAAAUGCCACCUGUGCUCCUAAUAUCUGUAGAAAUGGGAAGUUACUUUUAAACAUCUCUGGGCAAGGGAGUCAGACUCCAACGUCCCUCCCAAGGCUACGGCUGUGAGCCUAUGGAAACGGCGUAUUGGAGUAAUGGUGUCCUCCGUGUGAAACUGUCUACAGAAAGUCCUGGGCUUUCCCUCAGAUUUUCCUAGAGCAUUUUGGCUCUUUUCUUUGUCUGCUCCCCAGUCUUGACCCACAAUCACUCCUUUCUUUGCAUUUACUUCUUGCAUAUAUAUUAUGUAUCCCAGUAAAAUAUGAAAUCCCCACCCACCCGUAUUCACGCUCUACUUUGCAUUUACUUCUUAUGUGUAUGUUACGCGUCCUGGAAAAAUAGCAAGUCCUUAAGGCUAGCGUCUGUUUUUAUUUUUUUAUUUUUUGCUUUUGUAUCAGUGCCUUGCAUAUAGUAAGUUUUUAAUAAAUGUCCAUUGAUUUAA